AUGAAUUUUCAAGCGGUGUGCCGUUUUGGCGGGCACAUGCUCCAGGACGCCACCACCUUGGCGCAAACUAUCCAAACCUACGCACGAACCAAGCAGCUAAACAGAGGCAAGGAGCUCCAUGCUCAGCUUCUACGCACCGAGUACCCGCCAUGCAUUUUUCUCGCCAACCACCUUCUUAACAUGUACUCAAAAUGUGGGGAGGUCGACUAUGCUCUCAAAGUCUUCGACAAAAUGCCUCAGAGAAACUUGGUUUCUUGGACAGCAAUGAUAACUGGGUUUUCUCAAAACAGGAGGUUCUCUGAGACUUUGAAAACUUUUUCCCAGAUGAGAGGUGCUGGAGAGAACCCAACCCAGUUUGCAUUUGCAAGUGUCAUCAGAGCUUGCGUGUUUCUUGGGUCGAUUGAGAUUGGGAGGCAAAUGCAUUCUCUUGCUUUGAAAUUGGGCUUGGCUUUUGAAUUAUUUGUGGGUAGUAAUUUGGCGGAUAUGUAUUGGAAGUUCAGGUUGAUGGCUGAUGCUUGCAAGGUUUUUGAGGAGAUGCCGUGUAAGGACGCAGUAUCAUGGACUUCAAUGAUUGAUGGAUAUGCAAAGAAUGGUGAUUCAGAGGAAGCUUUACUAACUUAUAAGAGGAUGGUUAAUGAUGGGAUUGUUAUAGAUCAACAUGUUCUUUGUAGUGCGUUAAAUGCUUGUUCUGCAUUGAAGGCUUGUAAGUUUGGAAAGUGUCUUCAUUCAACUGUUCUGAAGUUAGGACUUCAAGUAGAGGUUUCUGUGGGCAAUGCUCUGACUGAUAUGUACUCGAAAGCAGGAGAUAUGGAGAGUGCUUCAAAUGUGUUUUGGAUUGACUCUGAUGGUAGAAAUAUUGUUUCUUGUACCUCUCUGAUUAAUGGUUUUGUUGAGAUGGAUGAAAUUGACAAGGCUUUUAGUUUGUUUGUUGACUUACAGAGGCAGGGAGUUGAGCCUAAUGAGUUCACUUUCUCUAGCUUGAUCAAGGCUUGUGCCAACCAAGCUGCACCUGAUCAAGGAAUCCAGCUUCAUGCUCAGGUGGUUAAGGUUAAUUUCGAUAGAGACCCUUUUGUUUAUAGUGUUCUUGUUGAUAUGUAUGGAAAAUGUGGGUUGCAUGAUCAUUCAAUCCAAGUGUUUGACGAGAUAGAAAACCCAACUGAAGUUGCAUGGAAUUCAUUGUUAAGUGUGUUUGCUCUUCAUGGCUUAGGAAAAGAAGCCUUGGAAACAUUUACUAAAAUGGUAAACAGAGGAGUGAAACCAAAUGCAAUAACAUUUGUCAGUCUUUUAACAGGGUGUAGCCAUGCUGGAUUGGUAAAGGAAGGUUUAAAUUACUUUCAUUCUAUGGAGAAGAGAUAUGGCAUGGUGCCUAGAGAAGAACAUUACUCUUGUGUUAUUGAUUUACUUGGUCGGGCUGGAAGGCUUAAAGAGGCUGAAGAGUUCAUAAAUAACAUGCCAAUUCAACCAAAUGCUUUUGGGUGGUGCUCUUUUCUUGGGGCUUGCAGGAUUCAUGGUGAUCAGGAGAGGGGAAAACUUGCAGCGGCAAAACUGAUGCAGCUUGAACCUGAGAAUAUUGGAGCACGUGUUUUGCUUUCAAAUAUAUAUGCAAAGGAACAACAGUGGGAAGAUGUGAGGAGUGUGAGGAAGAAGAUGAGAGAUGGCCGCAUGAAGAAAUUGCCUGGCUAUAGUUGGGUUGAUGUUGGAAACAAAACCCAUACUUUCGGAGCCGAAGAUUGGUCUCAUCCUCUGAUGAAACAAAUUUAUGAAAAACUUGAUGCUCUUCUUGAUCAGAUAAAGGAAGCUGGAUAUGUUCCACAAACAGAUUCUAUUCCACAUGAAAUGGACGAAAGCUCGAAGGAAAAGCUUCUUCACCAUCACAGUGAGAGGAUAGCAAUUGCAUUUGCACUAAUAAGUAUGCCAGCUGGGAAGCAAAUAAUUGUGAAGAAAAAUUUAAGGGUGUGCUUGGAUUGCCAUUCUGCAAUCAAGUACAUCUCCAAGGUGGUAGGAAGAAAGAUUAUUGUUCGGGAUAAUAAUCGAUUUCACCAUUUUGCAGAUGGGUUAUGUUCAUGUGGAGAUUACUGGUAG